ACCCCUUUAAUAACAUUAAUCAUACUAGUUAUAAAAAAUGAAGAUACAUGGAGUUUUAUUGCUUUCUUGGCUCCUUUGUUUUACCUUAUUCCAAAUCAUAAAAGCCGAACCAGUUCUUGAUACUAACUAUCAAGAACUCCGUCCGGGGUACACCUACUAUAUAUUGCCCGCUACCGCGGGCAACGGUGGUGGCCUAACGCUUGCGAAAGGCGAAAACGGGAGCUGCCCGCUCGACGUAUUCCAAACACGAAAUUCGCAAAGCGUAGGCGUUCCGGUGAAAUUCUUGAUGGUAAAUUCAAGCGCGGGCUUAAUAAUCGAUGAAAAUGAAGACGUAAAUAUAAAAUUCGCAGCGCGAAGGUACGUGUCGAUAUGUAAUACAUCAACUGUUUGGAAAAUCGAAGAAGGGUUGGUGACAACUGGUGGAAUUAAAGGUGGAUCGGGAAAUGGCACGUCCACAAGUUUAUUUACGAUUCAGAAAUUUGAAGAUGCUUAUGCUUUACAAUAUUGUCCACGAGCCACAGGGUGUUCUUUUAUAUGUCCAAGAUUGUUGUGUGGGUAUAUUGGUAUUUUACCAGCAGCUAAUGGAUCUAGGCGUUUGGCUGUGAAUCGGCCUGUUUUCAAGAUCGUGUUCAGGAAGGCCUAAGAUAUUUAUAUUCAUAUUAAUGACACAGUGAAAAUAAAUAAUGAUGUUAUAAUUUAUGGGAGGUGUUUCAUAUUGAUUUUUCAUUUUAAUCCUUAAGAAUAAAAGAUUGAUAAAUAAUUCUUGUAGUUCA